AUGGCAGAGAGCACUCCAGUAGUCAGUGGGAGCAAGGUCACUUUUAAAAUUACCCUCACUAGUGACCCGAAGUUGCCGUUCAAAGUGUUAGUGCUGUGCUGGUCACUUUUACUUCGUUCUGUUUCUGAUUAUGUGAUUUCAACACUUAAGGUCCCUGCGGCGACCUCUGCGAUUAUCACUAAUGAUGGGAUCGGUGUGAACCCUUCGCAGUCAGCUGGAAACAUCUUUUUGAAACACGGAAGCGAAUUGAGAUUGAUUCCACGAGAUCGUGUAUUCAUAGUUGAUUUGGUCAGGACCAGUAUGCAAUUGAGUCCAGCGCAAAGGCAGUUUAUCGGAAAAACUGUAAAUGUAUCUACCUUUGCCAUUCAGUGGGGAUUUGUUCCAUUCGUCGUUUAUCUUGGUUUCAGGAAAGGACCGGAACCGUUACCAAAUGGGCAGGUAUGUUAA